AUGCGUGAUUCACCUCAGAUAGGAUAUGUGUUUCAGAAACUAUUGGUUGCUUGUUCAAGCAAUGAUCCAUUUUCCGUGAUAGUUGUUGAUCCAAGAACAGGAGUGGCGUCAUGGAGUUACAAAGGAUCAGAGCUGCAAGGGGCCACUGUUGGAUUCGUAGAUUCUCUCGGUGUAAAUGGAGAUCACUUGCUCGUUUCCAUCAAGGAUCGCCCAUUAAUCCAUGCAUUUGCUGUGCAUCCACGGGAUCGUUAUCACCAAAAGGCAGUCGUCAGUGGUGUGAUUUCCACCUUCUGCACGAAUAAGGAUGGAUCUCUGCUAUUCGCAUCAAUCGCAACACAGCUAUUUGUAUGGCUGCUAUCAACUGGUGAACUUCUUGCAGUCGUAGAUUCCCACUACCAAACAAUCACUUGUCUCUCGUUGUCGUCUGAUGAGUCGCUUUCAUUUACAGCGUCGAAAGAUGGAUCGACACAUUGUUAUCUAGUCUCAGAUAUUAUUUCUUCAAAUCAUGGAUGCACUGUCGAGCCAAUUCGCAAGUGGAGGGCUCAUACACUGGCAAUUUCUGGUUUGUCUGUUAGCAAUGGAACGAACCCUCGCGUUGCUAGCUGUGGGCUGGAUCACAUCGCUGCAGUAUAUUCUGUUUCUCUCGAUGAAAUUUUAUUGAAGGUGUCCACUGAUCGGCCUCUCACUGCUUGCAAACUGGAUCCUGUCGAGUCCCGCUUGUUUCUAGGUUCAGACACAGGAAACAUAGCGCGGAUAAAUCUCUAUGACUUAGAUCAAGGACGUGACUUGCUAAUUCAAGUAUCUGACGAGAAGAACAGACGAGUAUCUAUUUUCAACGGUCACAGUGAUGAAAUAACCGUUUUUUCGAUUAACGGAGAUGGGUCAUUAUUAGCUUCUGGCGAUUCGUCUGGAAAGUAUUGUAUAUGGGAAAUCGUCAGUAAACAGUGCCUCAAGGUGAACUUAAUGUCUUUUCUUAUUAGGAAUUUGGAUACUGACGUUAGUUUUCUUUCGUACCAUUUCAUAGACCUUGCAUCUGCGCAUCCUAUGUUUGAAUUAAAACGAUCUAUUAGUGGAGGAGAGAAGAUUAGCAUGAGAGCGUCCGUUGGGACAGAUCUCAACCAGAACUUCUGGCGUCGAGAGGUUGACAGGUUAAUAAUCGACAUCCUUAAAGGAUCUGCUAUGUCCGACUCAUUUAAUGUCAAAAACGUGAAGAAAACGAGCAAACGAAGGAGUGCAUUAAACUGUAAAGAAGAGUGGAAAGCAGAGGAGACUAUAGUUCCUGUUGAGGGCCUCGAAAUUAUAGAAAUUGCCGGGUCAUCACCUGGAGCGUCUGACGGCGUGAGUUCAACGCAUGACAAAGAGGUAAUAGAAAAACAAAGGCGAGAGAUACAGAAGUUGAAGAAGAUUAAUGCUGAGCUGUAUGAUUUUAUGGCAUCAGAGUUAACAGAACGUUGA